UUUGAGCUGUCUCUCACUCUCGCCCAAGCUACGUGACCUUGCCAUGGGUAGCUUGCCACUCGACGCGCUCCAGCCACUGGACCCGGACACCUUCGCCGCCGACUCCUCCGCCGUCGUCGACUUCCUCGCCGGCUACUACCGCGACGUCGACAAGUACCCCGUCCGCGCCGCCGACCUCGAGCCUGGCCGCCUCCGCAGGCUCCUCCCGGAGGCCGCGCCGGAGUUCGGGGAGCCGGCGGAGCGGAUCCUCGCUGACGUGCGCCGCGACGUGCUCCCGGGGCUCACGCACUGGCAGAGCCCCAGCUUCUUCGCCUACUUCCCGAUGAACGCCAGCGCCGCCGGGUUCGCCGGCGAGAUGCUCUCCGUGGGGCUCAACGUCGUGCCGUUCAUGUGGGUUGCGUCGCCGGCUGCCGUGGAGCUGGAGGCCGUCGUGGUGGACUGGAUGGCUAGGCUGGUGGGCUUGCCUGAUCGCUUCCUCUUCUCCGGCUCCGGCGGCGGCGGCGGCGGCGGUGGCGGUGGUGUUCUGCAGGGGAGCACCUGCGAGGCCGUGGUGUGCACGCUCGCCGCCGCGCGGGACCGCGCGCUGGGGAGGAUUGGGCACGAGGGCAUCGUGAAGCUGGUGGUGUACGCCUCCGACCAGACGCACGCCACGUUCCAGAAGGGCGCGCGGCUGGUCGGCAUCACGCCGGCGAACUUCCGCGUCGUCCCGACGGCGGCGGCGUCGGGGUACGCGCUGACGGGCGCCGCCGUGCGCGCCGCGGUGGAGGGCGACGUGGCGCGCGGGCUGGUCCCGCUGUACCUGUGCGCCACUGUGGGCACCACGGGGAUCGGCGCCGUCGACCCCGUCCGCGAGCUCGGCGAGGUGGCGCGCCGCCACGGCAUGUGGCUCCACGUCGACGCCGCGUACGCCGGCAGCGCGGCGAUCUGCCCGGAGUACCAGGGCUACCUCGACGGCGCCGAGCUCGCCGACUCGGUGAGCAUGAACCCGCACAAGUGGUUCCUCACCAACAUGGACUGCUGCUGCCUCUGGGUGGCGAGCCCCGCCGCGCUCACCGCCGCGCUGUCCACCGACCCGGAGUACCUCAAGAACGCCGGCGGCGGGAAGCCCCAGGCCGCCGCCGGCGCCGGCGCCAUCGACUACAAGGACUGGCAGAUCUCGCUGUCGCGGCGGUUCCGCGCCAUGAAGCUCUGGUUCGUGCUGCGGCGGUACGGCGCUGCGGGCAUGCGCGCGCACAUCCGGCGCCACGUCGCCAUGGCCGAGUGGUUCGAGCGCGCGGUGAGCGCCGACGAGCGGUUCGAGGUGGUGGCGAAGAGGAGGUUCUCCCUCGUGUGCUUCCGCCUCCGCGGCGGCGGCGGCGGCGGCGACGCGAUGAACCGCGAGCUCCUGGCGGCGGUGAACGCGAGCGGGCGGGCGUUCAUGACGCACUUCGUGGUGGAGGGCAAGUUCGUGAUCCGGCUCGCCGUCGGCGGCGCCAUGACGGAGAUGAGGCAUGUCGGCGACGCGUGGGAGCUGGUGCAGCGCACGGCGGAGCAGCUGCUGCAGCGCCGGGGGACACGUAAAAACGAGGAUGAAAAUCCACUUCCCUGGUAGCUUAGCUAGCACGUGUGCACUACUGUCCAGUGUCUGGUUGGUUUUGUGGGUCAUAUGUAUUAGUGGUGCAAAACUGCAAAGUAGUACUGUCUCCGUCCCAAAAUACUUGUCAUUCUAGGUUGUUUAGCAUAUGCUAAGAUUAGAAGAAAAAACUAUAAUACCCUUAAUACAAUAUUAUAUAGUUAGAAGUAGAAUGGUGGUUGGAGGUAUGAUGGGAAGAAAUUUGAAUUGGAAGUGGUUGAUGAGACAAGUACUAUUUGCAAGUGUCAAUUAUUUUGGGAUAAAUUUUGAAUGCCAAAAAGACAAGUAUUAUGCGACGGAGGAAGUAGUAGUAGUAAUAACUGAAGUAAUUAAUCUGGCUUCUUAAUUAUUUGGGUACUGUACAAUUUUCAGGUUCGCUAAAAAUAUGGUGCCAAGUUGUUUACCUAAUUUCAUUUAUUUUUUUUCUUACUCUAUGUGAUUGCCCUCUCUCCUAUAUAUGUAAGUAUAUUUGUAUCUCUCUGAUCUCCUCUUUUAAGUGGACAAU